AGGCAUGGAAGAUUCUCAGAUACCGAGAGAGGGUUCCUUGGGACCCCCCGAAUCAUCUGCACCUCCGGAAUCCUUGAAUAUCAGUGUCGCUAUCAUUGGACCUCGAGGAUCAGGAAAAAGCACCCUAACCAGAACACUCAGCCAACAGAAGGAGCAGUUUGGCCCCGACUUCCUAAACUCCUACUUCAAAGUAGAGGACGGGUCUCAUGGGGUCACCUGCCAUCCUUAUCCUCCUUUGCCCAAUGUGACCCUACUUGAUUUUCCUGGCUACAGGCCUGGCGACUCAGCCUCUCUUUAUCUGGAAGGCAUUAAGCCAACUACGGUGCAAUAUCUGGUGGUGACCCUUGGGGAGUCUGUAUCGAGUACCGACGUGCAGCUUGUUGGAACCCUAAAAAAGAUGGGGAGACCACAUUGCAUCGUGCAAACACACACAGACCUCACGUUGCAUACCAAGAAGAGACAGCAGGGCAAGAGCUACUGGAGGGGUCAGGUACUUCAGGGGCUGAGACAGAGUCUGGAAGACCACUUUAAGGGAUCGGAGUUCCAGGGUCUUAAAAUGUUCCUGGUGUCCUGUCUGGAACCCCAGAUGUUUGAUUUUCCGUCCAUGGUGGAUUAUAUGGAAGGAGACAUUCUGCAGUGCUCAAGGUCAGCGGAUAACUCCGCCGGGUCCCAGGGCCAGGAGCUGGCCACACAUUUUGAGGUGACCUGUGAUGAAAACCAACUGGCACAAUUCCCGUCACUUCUCAUCAGCUUUUUGGAUAACCCGCCUCCUGUGCCAGUUGUGGUUGGUGUGACGGGAAAUGAAAAAGAUGUCUUUCUUCAUGCUCUCUCUGAACCUCCAGUUUCGUGUUUUGUUGUGAGAUCCCUUCCUGGUCCUAGGAACCCACCCUUGACCGUGGAACAGUAUCUGGAGAACCUUCAGCUCGAGGACUGCGAUGUCUACCUUAUCGAAGGCUCCGGGAUGGAUCCAAGCUCGCGUACCACGUUGGUAGAAGCUUUAGUAGCAGCUGGCAAACACUGCAUGCUGAUAGGUGGAGAUGGGAAACGCGGCAAAGGACAGGAUGCUGAUGAGGGAGAAGAGCCUGGAAAACGGGCAGACCACUUGGGCUCUGACUUGUUAGAACUCCGGAUGGCUUUAGAAAAGGGAGUCCCCCUGUUAGUUAGAGAAAGGCUCCUACAAUCCCUUCCUUCCAUCAUCUUGCAGCUGGUAAGAAGGGAGCGUAGAAAGCUUAUGACCGGGAUAUAUCCAACUUGCCUGGAUGUCUGUUCCAUGGCAUCAAAUGGUCACCUACCAGAAGCCUUGACCUCCCUCUCCUCUGCCCUUUCAUCUUACCGUGAACGUUUCGGUCUAGGUGAUGACACCUUAGCAUCCACUGCUCAGAUGACUAAUUGCCCCGUGGAGGAUUUGCGGUCUGAGAUCCGGUGCCCCAUGGCCCAGAACCCAAGUGAAGAGCAGUUACUACAGAUGGCAUCUCAGCCUCUGUCUCUCUCUUCCAUAGUCUGGAGCUACAUUCCGCUGUUAGGGGGAGGAGAGACUGUCCCCACCACGCUGUCUCCGGAGCGGACCUACAGGCUUUUGGUAGAGAGCGUGUGGGGAAUGGCAGAAGACGCAGAGAGGGUAUUACUCCAUGCAUGCGCCAAGCAAAAAGUAGGCAAGGAAAGGAAUGCCACCUGCCACUGGCCUUGUAUGUGAAGCCCGCUCUGCCACCGCAGUCCCUUCCGUUCUUCGUUCAGCGUGCGCAGCCAAUGUUAUACUCUUUGGCUAUGCUUACGUUAUGUGCAACUGUAGCAAGUCGUUGUUUCUAGUCAUUCUUAAGCUUUUCUUUUUGGAUUCGUUUACGGCGAUUGGCGAAAGUGCUAGAAAUAGAAUGAAUAAAAACUAGAAUAAUGUAAAAUUGAACGUUACGAUAACGGCAAGACCUUACCUCCUCUGCCUGCCGAGCUGAGAAUGCUGGCGUAUAUCCACUACUUGGCGUAUAUCCAUUUCUAAAUCACGCGCUCUGAACAUGUGUGUUCUUUUAAACAUAUGAAUGGAACGCUGGACAUCAUUCUGUGGAACGUUGGACAUCACCUAACUCUGACUCAUUGGGUUUGCUUUCCUCCAAAAUGUAUCUUCCCUUAUCGCGUUUAAUUGUAAGCUCUGUGGAUCAGGAGUAUACUCUCUACUGUACAUUUCAGCUAUAAGCUUUUACUGUAUUUCAAUGUAGCAAAUAGCUGUAAUGAAUAAAUUAUUAAAUCAUAACUACAACAA